AUGUGUCGAUUUCUGCUGUACCGAGGCAGCGACGAGAUUCUGCUCUCGAAGCUCAUUUUAGAUCCCACACAUUCGAUCCUCAAACAAUCAUUCGACUCGCGGUUACGACUUGACACAACCCGAGGUAAAAACAAUGCCGAUGGCUUUGGCAUCGGCUGGUAUACAGACCCGAAACUAGGCGCUGCUCCCUGUCUUUUCACCUCCGUCAUUCCCGCAUGGAACUGCACCAACCUCACCCGCAUCGCCUCCAAGACAGCAUCACGAUUGGUAUUUGCCCACGUCCGAGCCACCACCGAAGGCUCUGUCACUGAGGACAACUGCCAUCCCUUCUACCAUGGCAGCCUAAUGUUUAUGCACAAUGGUGGGCUGGGAGGAUGGAAGUACAUCAAGAGAAGACUUGGCGAGAAACUGCACGACAAGUGGUACCUCUCCGUUCAAGGAGGCACCGACAGCGAAUGGUCGUUUGCCUUGUUUCUCGACAGGCUGGAAAGAUUGGGCCUUGAUCCCAGCUCGCAACCUGAAGAAGGAUUCAGCCCCUCUAUAUUGAGAAAGGCUCUUUUGCAGACCAUCGAGAUCAUCAACGAGCUUACUAUGAGCAUAUCCGAAAGCGUCGUCCAAAGCGAAAAUGUCGAUACACGCAGUUUGCUCAACUUUGCUGUCACCGACGGUCACAGCGUCGUCUGCACCAGAUAUGUGAGCAGUAAGACAGACGAAGCUGCAAGCUUGUACUAUUCAUCCGGAACGCAAUGGGAGAGCAAGCCAUCCCCCAAUGAUGUCUCGCAAGGCCGUGACUAUCAGAUGGAGCGACGCGACAAGGGCUCCGAUGUCGUACUCGUCGCCAGUGAGCCCCUGACGUUUGAGCGAGAGAAUUGGGUGAAUGUACCUACAAACUCCAUCUUGACUAUUCAUCGCCAGUCAGUCAUGGUUCACCCCAUUGAAGAUGGCUUUUCCGAGAAGGACCCCUAUCAUAAGCGUUCCUCGGCUUUCGCAACCAAGAAAGGUCUCACCACUAACGAGAAACCCGCGCCUACUAUCCCCGACAACGGCCUCGCGACGCCGGCGGCGGAACAGGAGCCACAGAAACGAUCAUUUGGUCCUCUGAUUCCCACCAACAGCCGCACAAAGCCUACGGAGCCUAACAGCCUCCCAGUUCAAGUGGUCGCCCGCGUCAAGUCGCCGCUGGCUGCAACUCAGAACACCCACAGUAUCUCUCAGAAUGUUCCGGAGGCACGGACAACCCGACCUGAAAUCACUGCCAAGCAGGCAAGCCAGGGAAACAUCAAGAAGAAGCGACGCUCACUAAUGGCUGGCGAAUGGGCUCACCCCACGGAGUAUUUGGACUCGGAAGGCCAGCAAUUGUCUAUACCAGAUAGUCCGCCCACUAGGGCUAGUGAAUACGGCAACAACGAAAAAGCAGCGCGCAUUCUAGGAUUGGCCCUGUAG